AUGUCCAUUCCUCAUAAAACUAUAGUUUGUUCCAUUUCUUCAAAUGUUGAACCUACCACUUUUACUGAGGCUGUUGCUGUUCCAGAGUGGCGUGAAGCCAUUGUUCUCACUGCUAAAGGUUUCAAGCAGUCAACUACAGACAAUUCAUUGUUCACUAAAAUUCAAGGCUCUUCAUUUAUAGUUCUUUUAGUCUAUGUUGAUGACAUUGUGAUUGCUAGCAAUGACUUGAACUAUGUGACAUCUUUCAAACAGUUCCUUGACAACAAAUUUAAACUCAAGGACCUUGGAGACUUGAAAUAUUUUCUUGAACUUGAGGUUGCUACGUCUGCUAAAGGAAUCUCAAUUAGCCAGAGACAUUAUGCCUUGGAACUUCUCUUGGAUUCAGGACAUCUUGGCUGCAAGACAAGGAAAACACCCAUGGAUGGUGAUGUGAAGCUCUCCCAAAAUGAUGGAGAAGCACUGGAAGAUCCUUCCCAGUAUAGAAGAUUAAUUGGAAAAUUGUUGUAUCUCACUAUCACACGACCGGAUCUCUCAUAUUCAGUGAAUCGGUUAAGUCAAUUUCUUGCUAAUCCUAAAGUGACUCAUUGGCAGGCAGCUUGUCGUGUUCUACGAUACUUGAAGGGCACGUUGAAAGCAUUUGCUGACUCAUAUUGGGCUACUUGUCUUGAUACAAGAAAGUCCAUUAGUGGUUUUUGUGUUUUCAUUGGAGACUCACUUGUCUCAUGGAAAUCUAAGAAACAACAGACAGUGUCAAGGUCUUCCACAGAGGCUGAAUACCGAUCCAUGGCAAAUGCAACUUGUGAGAUCAUCUGGCUGCUCUCCCUUCUCAAGGAUCUGCAUGUGGAUCACCAUAAACCAACAGUGUUGUUCUGUGAUAACCAUGCAGCUUUGCAUAUAGCGGCCAAUCGUGUUUUUCACGAGCGUACAAAACACAUAGAAAUCAAUUGUCACCUUGUUAGAGAGAAGAUUCAAGCUGGUAUACUAAAGACGCUGCAUGUUUCUUCACAACAUCAGUUAGCAGACUUGCUAACAAAGCCUCUAUUUUCUGGACAAUUUCAUGCUCUACUUGGCAAGAUGGGAAUUCAUAACAUCCAUUCUCUAUCUUGA